AUGGCACACGCCUUGACUACCGCAGACACGGGAUACCACAUCCUGAAAGACUUUGUCAAAUAUUGUCGUGUGUUCCAUCCCGGCGACGUCGAAUCGAACGUGCACCUGAGUUUCCUGCUGGCGCAGCGCUCCAAAAACGAUGUGGUUGUGCGAUAUAUCCUCAUCCAGAAAGAAUUCGAUGUUCUGGAUUCGUUCUUUCUCCAGAUGGAGUAUUCAAAUACCCUUCCAGACCUCCAGGCCAUCAGCUAUAUCAUGGAUUGUCUGCUGUCGUUCGUCUCUGGAGGACUCGACAGUGACGGCGAUGCAUCACCAACACGAGAAAAUGAAUGGGCCGCAAUCUAUCAGAUGCUCAUGGCUUGGCGACAGCUCGAGUCCUGCCCGAACGACGUGAAGCUGUACUGUACGGCCGUGCUGGUUGUUCUUCAAGGCGGAGCAGUGCCGCAAGCCCUUGGUGCAUCUGAUUCCACCAAGUCAGUCGAUGAGCUGUUCGGACUGAUAACAAAUGACAAGCGCUCAUUUGAUCGGGAUCGACAACUGGCUGAGCUCGAUGGCAUGGGCAGCAGUGUGCUGCUGGUGCUGUCAACAAUCAAUGAAAGACCAUCUCAAAGCAUUCUCAAGCACGUCUAUCUGGAGCUGCUGCAGGUUGUGUAUCAAUCUAGGGCCAAGUGCUUGCAAAUAUCACCAGUGCCGCCCUUCGUCAUAUCUGCGAGGGCACUGCUCUCGCCCGAUCUGAUCGGGUUCUGUGAGGCAACGUUGACGUCGCAUUUCAUGAGCCGCGAGGGCCUGCAUCUCCUUCUCUCGCAUUACGCUGCUGCUUUCUAUGAAUAUGCCGGCUCCGUGUUUGAGCGCUGUUUCACCGGCUCAAAGACACAUCUCGACUUUGCCGAUUCCCUGCAAAACGCACUCUCAAGAGAUCAAAAGCACACGCAUCCAACAUCAACGGCAUCGCCAAUUUCAAUUCCGUUUACCCUGCAUCCUAGGAACAAUGCAGAGUUCUAUUCCCUGACUGUGUUUGUGCUGCACACGGCACAAAAGUACAUGAUUGUUCAUUCCAAUUCGUCGUACACCGACGCAGAGGCCAUCGGACUGCUCUCCGGUGCACUCGUUGCGAUGACAAGUCAAGCGAUCGAAGGCGAUACGGCUGGCUCCGCGGCUGCUUUGUACUCAGACUUGCGGAUGCGCUCUAUGGAGACUCUUUCUAUGCACUACAGUCACCCGUCCAUGUGGACCAAAAUCCGCCUGCCGUUUGAACUGCUCGCUCCAAACCUUCUUCGGGGCCAAGAUGCCAGCACUGCUGAUACAUCCUCGCACCAGCUACCAAGGCGACCAGAGUCUGCCUCGCGAUCCACAAUCUCCCAACUGGCCUUUGGCGCCCCUCUGCCCCCUAUAGCAGCCUCUACAACAUCCUCAUUGUCGAUUGCUGGCGCAUCGGUGGCCCCUGCUGCUGAAGUUUUGGAGAGCGAGUUCGCGGCAACGUCGUCACCCCUGGAGACGGCAUUGUUCACCUGUCUAUGCCAGAUCAACGAGGCAAUCAUCCAGGAUCUUGUUGGCACUGUCGAUGAAGAGAGGAUAGCCAGCCGGAGUGCAGGAUGUCUCGGUAUCAAGCCCAAGUUGCUGCCGAGGGACGCACAUGGCGAGAGCCCGGGUGCCGGAAGGAUCCAGCUGGUCCACGAAUUUGUUCGAAGUGACCUUGUCGGCUACAUCAACUUUAUGCAGCUUCAAGCAGGAAGUGUCGGUGUGCGGGAUACGCGGCUCGUCGACAGCCUGCGGACCCUGACCAGGAUCAUGAAUCGAUCCCUGACAUAUCCCGGACAAGGAACAAGGGACAGUGACAGGGGUAUCGCCUUCAAGCGCCACCACAGCCUCAAGCCCCUGACUCCCCCUGGAGAUCAUCUCAGUCAGCCGUGCGCCCCCGAUCCAGCGGCUCCGACGCACUCCCCAGCACCCAAGCUGCUAUCUCGGGCGCCGAUAGCGCCCCUGCUACCGGCCUCGGCGUCACGAGCAACCUCUCCUCGCAAAGUCGCCUUUCAACGGUGA